AUGAGUGUAAUAUCACAAUCAUCUCCUUUUGCUCGUCAAUUGUUGUGUACAAUAUUUGCAAAACGAUUAGAAACAAUCCAUUAUCAUAGUCGCUUUUAUUCACAAGAUAAAGCAACAGUUGAUAAUACUCAACAGUCGCAAUAUCGUUUUAGUUUACCAAACGGAAUUUUAUCCAAUGAACAACGUCAAUCGUAUGAAAAAAAUGGUUUUCUUGUUGUACGUAAUUUAGUUGCACCGGAAAAACUUGAAGUUUUUCGUAAACGUUUUCAAGAUGUAUGUACGGGAAAAGUCAAAGUCCUAGGUAUGACAGUUAUGAAAGAUAUUGCAAUUGCUAAAUCGGAAUUUGCUGAUGGUGAAAAGGCAAUAACAAAAAUUCAAGAUUUCACAUUAGAUGAUGAACUUUUUAAAUAUUGUUGCUUACCUGAAAUUGUUAAAUAUGUGGAAAAUUUUACAGGUCCAAAUAUCAUGGCUAUGCAUACCAUGUUAAUUAAUAAACCACCUGAUCCAGGAACUCAAUCAUCUCGACAUCCACUUCAUCAAGACCUUUAUUAUUUUCCGUUCCGACCAGCUCAUCAUAUAGUUUGUGCAUGGACAGCAAUGGAAAAAAUUAAUCGUCAAAACGGUUGUCUUGUUGUCAUGCCUGGAACACAUACAGGUGAACUUGAACCACAUGGAUAUCCUGAUUGGAAAGGCGGAAUAAAUAAAAUGUAUCAUGGAAUACAAAAAUUCGAUCCAAACCAAGAAAGAUUACAUUUAGAAAUGGAAUCAGGUGAUACUGUUUUUUUCCAUCCUCUACUUAUUCAUGGCAGUGGAACAAACAGAUCGCUUGGUUUUCGAAAAGCUAUUUCAUGUCAUUAUGCUGAUUCAGCAUGUGAAUAUAUUGAAUGUGAUAAUACAUUGCAAAGUUAUAUUUCGAAAGAAGUUACAGCUAUCUUUAAGAGAAAAACUGGAAUUGAAGAUGCACGUUUUCAAGAUGUGUGGAAAAUAAAAAGCCGACUUGUCCAAGGUGAACGAAUCAAUUUGUAG